AUGAGAAACCUUGUUUUGAUGAUAGCCAUUGCCUUGGCAUCUACUGUUAAUGCUCAAGACAGAUUUUUAUAUGGGGCCCUACCAACCUACAACCAACCAGGCCCGUCGUCAUUUUACUUCGACAAUGGAUAUUCUCCAUCCUCUAGUAAUACUUACCAGCAACCGUUCGGAAGCAACCGGUUCCCUUCUACGCCUGAUGUAUCGUCACCAUCAUUUGACUACGGUUCAUCAGUAUAUACAAGCAACACAUUGCUGUCGCCAUUUGCAAGCAUCAAUAGUCCGCAGUCAAACGCAUUCACCAGCUUUCCACAGACGAUUGGCUUAAGUCCCUUUGGUUUCCCACAGCAACCGGCGAGCAUCGGCUACCAGCAACCAAUCAGACCUUUUGAAGGAUUUGGACAAUUUGGAGGAAAUCAGCAAUUUUCAUCUUACGUAUCACCCUUUUCCGGAUUCCCCCAAAACAAUCAGGGAUUUGGUGUAAACCAGGGGCCAGUCGCACCGCCGCAAUUCUUGUUUCCAACUGCGAGCAAUCAACCAUUUGGUCCAUCACCUUUUCGUAACACACCUGCCCAAGUGAACCAGCUUCCACCCCAACAAUCGUUUCAAAACACCAAUCCCUUCACUCAACCACAACUUCAGACGCAGCAGCAGUCGCAGUUUCCUACAAAUAAUCCGUUUCAACAACCACAACCACAGACAGGGUUCCCAUCACAGCCAACGCAACCUGGACUGUCAACAUCUCCUCCAAGUCAGGGUAAUCAACUGCGACCCAUUAAAGGAAUCUUUGGACCUGGACAACCGGGACAGUUUGAUACACCAAAGGAAUAUGUAAUACCAUUAUAA